GUACUGCGUACAAUUGACGCUGAUACACAAAGAAGCACUCGCCCAGGAGAACAAAGGCAUUUCAUUCUCGCACGGAAGAAACCUGGUUUCCAGCACUGCGAAUAGAAGAACUCUCUCUCUUGGAGAGCUCAAAGUCCAUGCAUUCCUUUAAAGACUGACACGGCCCGUUUAACUGCAAAAAUGCUGACCCUCCUUAUUCUGUUAUUCUCACUCUCUUUGUCUCGUGCCUUUGCCUCCCUAGGGCCAACGCCGUCUCUAGCCAAACGCGCUACUUGCACGCCUGCUAGUGCGCAGUCAUCUUCCACAGACGAUGUUCCCGCUAUCCAGUCCGCCUUCGCUACGUGUGGGGAUGGGGGAGUGAUCGUCAUUGCGGCCGACACGACCUAUGCUAUUCGUAGCACUUUGUCCUUUGCCGGUUGUAAGGGAUGCGAGUUCCGUGUCGAAGGAACCAUGAAAGUCUCCUCUGACACCGAUUAUUGGAAUGGUGUAACAGCUGUUAUCCUACUUGAUGGUAUAAGCGGUGCGACUAUCCAUUCGACUACGGGCUCCGGGUUAGUCGACGGUAAUGGCCAGCCAUUCUGGGACGUGUUCGCGAACAACAGCGAUUUCGACAGGCCUACCUUGAUGUAUAUCGAUGGCUCCAGCGAUAUAACAGUUGAAAAUCUCCGUUUCAAAAACGCUCCCAAUGUGUUCCAUUCUGUCGUUGGCGGAUCCACAAAUAUCCUGUAUUCGGGCUUGACUCUCACGGCGGCCAAGGCUGAAGAUGACGGUGCCGAUCCUAAAAAUACGGAUGGAUUCGAUGUUGGCAAGUCGACAUAUGUCGAAAUCACCAACAUCACCGUUAGCAAUCAGGAUGAUUGCGUUGCUUUCAAGUCUGGGGCAAAUUAUGUUACAGUCACUGACAUCACUUGCAAAGGGUCUCAUGGUCUGUCUGUUGGAAGUUUAGCCGGCGGCGAAGGCUCAACGGACACCGUAACAAACGUCUAUGUCAAUCACGCAACCAUGACAGAUUCAACGAAAGCAGUUGGAAUCAAACUAUACCAAGGCGGCUCAUCUCACGGAACGGCCACUGUAAAAAAUGUUACUUACAACGACAUCACUGUUGAUGGAUGCGACUACGCCGCCCAAAUCCAAUCUUGCUAUGGCUCUGAUACCACCGCAGAAUGCACUGCUGCGCCAUCAACGGCUACGCUGACUGAUAUCUAUUUCACUAAUUUUAAAGGCACAACUUCAGACACGUACGACCCCGUCAUUGCCAAUCUUAAUUGUCCCGGUGCCGGUACUUGUGAUAUCUACUUCAGCAACUUCAGUGUCUUGGCUCCUUCAGGCGGUGCUGAAGUUUUGUGCUCCAACAUCGACAACAGUGAUUUCGGCCUGUCAUGUUCAGGUAGCGCAUCUGGAUAGAUAUAUGUAGUAUCGCAGAUGAAUUGUUAUAAGACUAUCCUGUCAGCAAUAAAUAAAUGCCCAUCAGGAAUGUGAAGGUAGAACAAGACCGAUU